AUGGAUAAGCGCUGUACGGGAUUACCACCUGACCAAAAAACUGCCGUUCGGAUUGGUGGUGGCAGCAGCGCGUACGGAGCGAGUUGGAGUGCAGAAAGCGACGAAGCUCGAAACGUAUUUGGAGACGAUUCAACAAUGAUUGGUGAAGCUCUCGAAGUGAAAGUACAGAAAUCGUAUGACGACGAAGAGAAGAGAUGGAGGCAGUGUAUGAUAGCUUCGGCGACCAGAACACUUGCCAAACACCAUGACGAGAUGGCGAAGGACGCUAAAAUACAGCCUUUGGCAGUCAGGUUAACUGCAAUUGCGGGGAGCUUUCGAUCUGCUGAAGAUGUCAUAAGCGUAUCUGACCCACUCGUAAAACAACUCGAAAACGUCGUCAACGAACUCACCGUCGAGUUAGCGGGAGGCAAACCCAAUCUGCCCCGAAACGGCCAGAGAGGUAAGGCCGCAAACGCUAACCACAGAGCUAGGGGAAGUAGAGACAAAAGACGCCAACACGAGUAUGCUACGGUACAACAACUCUGGGAGAAAGAACCGAAACAACUAGCUACGCUAGUAGUGGAGGAUCGGCUCUCAGAUAUCGAACAACGCCGCCAACCUGAACUACCUCCGGGUGAUCAGGUAAGAGACCUAUAUAACGGACUCUGGGGCGUUGAAGAAACCACAUUCUUCCACCUGAUUGGGAAGAGACCGUAG